ACACUUUCCUCCCUUCUGACUGGAGCUAAGCCUAGGAAGCAGAAACAGAAACAGAAACAACAAUCCGUGGUCAGGAGAAAUCUUCCCCUCUCAAGAUGCUGGCCCUCAUCAACAGGCUUUUGGACUGGUUUAAGUCGCUCUUUUGGAAAGAGGAGAUGGAGCUGACGCUAGUGGGGCUUCAAUAUUCCGGGAAGACCACCUUUGUGAAUGUCAUAGCUUCCGGCCAGUUUAGUGAAGACAUGAUUCCUACUGUGGGGUUUAACAUGAGGAAAGUCUCCAAAGGCAAUGUGACAAUAAAGAUCUGGGAUAUAGGAGGACAGCCGAGGUUCCGAAGCAUGUGGGAGCGAUACUGUCGAGGAGUUAAUGCUAUUGUUUACAUGGUAGAUGCUGCAGAUCGUGAAAAGAUAGAGGCUUCAAGGAAUGAGCUGCACAAUCUGUUAGACAAGCCACAGCUGCAAGGGAUCCCUGUGCUAGUGCUCGGAAACAAGAGAGAUCUUCCCAAUGCUUUGGAUGAGAAGCAGCUUAUUGAAAAAAUGAAUUUGGCAGCUAUUCAGGACAGAGAAAUCUGCUGCUACUCAAUUUCUUGCAAAGAAAAGGACAAUAUAGAUAUCACACUGCAGUGGCUUAUCCAGCACUCAAAGUCCAGAAGGAGCUGAGAGCAAAGAGGUCUGCCCCCUGUCCUGUCGGCAAUAUCAAUCCCAAUACCUUACUCCCUCUGUGAUGCUGUGAUCUCCUCUCCACCACACACACAUACACUGCCCUUCCUGUAACCCAGCUAUUCAUUUACUCAGUCAGUUUUGUGCACUGCUAAAGAUAUGUAACCUGAAGUUAGAACAAACAGCAUAAUGAACUAGAGUUGUCAUGAUACACCAAAACCAUAGAACUGCUAGCAGCUGGUGCGUGUAACCCAGUGUUUCUAAAGAGAUUGCCUUUGAUAUGCCAAAUGAUGGUGAUCUUUUUUAGACCAGGAGGAUUAGUAUAUAGAUUCGUACUUCAUAUAGGCAGUGUAUUUUGGUCAAUGCUUAAGGAGUAGUCUGUCAGUUAACACUUAACUGCUGUGAAACAGGUUUACAUCGUUGCACAGUAUGCAUGCUGGGCAGACACACUAUCGUCAUUACCAUUGAAUAUCUGUGUGCUUGCAAGGAAUCUCGCCAUCACUGUGUUAAGACUAGACUGCUUGAUGCUUAAUAAACUUGUACUCUUAUUAAUAGUUGACAAACUUCACCUCUAUAGUUGAGGAAAUCCUAUUUAUUUAGGUUGCAGGCUACAAAAAUAUCAUGCAACCGAAUUUAACCUGUAUAUUUUGAGAUUAUGAAUGUAAACAGAUUUAAAGAUAGGACUAUAAGAGGUCAAUCAUUAGGUCUUGCAUCAUUAAUGUUUUUGUUUAACUGUCAACGUUAAAUAUAACCUGCAAUGCCGUUUAUGUCCGCCAGAGUUUACUGCAGAGUUACAAGUGCCUUCUGCAAUAUCGUUCCAUCUGUUGGACCAAAUCGGCAUUACGGCAUGAAUUGUAUGAUACAGGAUAGAACAAAAAUUAAAGCUUCAAAUCGCAAAAUUAAUAUUUGUUGUUGUUAAUAAAAAAGCAUGCUUUUUAACUCUGGUUAUUGUAGUUUUAUGUGACCAUCAUGAUGCCUAAUAGGUGAAUUAGCAUUAUAUUAGCUGCUUCUGUAUUAAUCUCAUCAAGAUAUUAUGACAACUCUAGAUAUUUCCCAUGUUGUUCAAUGUACUGUAAAUAUGCUAAACUGUAUCCUAUAAUAUUGAAGGCUGUAAUGUAAAAGCACAAGAUGAAGCCAAUAGAAUGAUGCUAGUUUUUGCUUCACUUGUAAAUUACAAGAUUGUUAAUCUUCUGCAAGGCUUCUUUUGUGACAUAUUUUGUACUGUUUACUGUCAAAGAUGCCAGAAUUGAGCUGAAGACUGGUUUUGUUCCGGGGUUGGUGUGGGAGUUUUCUUACUUCACUUGAGCUCUCUUUAGCUUGAGUGUUUAAAGUGACUAUCUGAUAUCUAGGAAAACAAUUCUGCAAGGUAAUCCCAACUGCCUGUUUCAGAAUGUAUUGUGGUGCAUUCUGCAGUAAUGGGAAGCCAAAUUUUGCCUUGUCUCCAAGCUUAGUGCACAUUGAGAAUUAGAAAGUUUUUUUUGUUUGUUUUUGGUUAAAAAGGUGUAAUUAUCUAAGGUACUAAAAGACAUUCCAUAAUUGUUACCAGGAGUACCAUUUCCACUGCGCUCUCAAUCGUUGCGAGGUUAAAUGUUUCAUUUAUAAUCUUUCCCUGAAAACAUGCCUCACUAUACACAAAUUUACAGUAUAAAACAUAAUGUUGGAUAUUGAUAGCUGGGAGUCAAGCAGUCUGUAAGUGGUGUCUUCUCAAGUGGGGAAAAAAAAAUAUUAAAAUCAGCUAAUACACACACUUGCAGGUUAUAGUUUUCCAUUGGCAGGUAUUCCAGGAUGCUAGUUACUUAAUGUUUAUUUAAGUAAAUUAACAGCGUUGUUUGUAGAACUGUAUUACAUUCGAACCAAACGUGUGCAAUGAUGUGGUAGCAAGAUAAAAAUUGUGAUCUCAGUGAAUGGCUUGAUUAUACUGCAUACCCAGUUCAUGCAAGUUCUAAAAUGGGCAAGUAUACCUAAAAGAUGGAUGCUACUUAUUGAAUUUCCAUUAGUGAACAUUGGUGUUGUCUGCACCACUCAAGCCAAUGAUUUCUUUGCUGGCUAUAGAGUCCCUUUCCAGUUAAACACAGAUGCAGUACCAUCUUGUGCUAAAGUAUAUGGAAAGGGGAAUGAUGCAGAGUUAUACAUAUCAUCAGAAAGGGACAGUCUGUAGCACAGGUGAACCAACAUGGAGUAAAAGGCAUCUAUUCCUAAAGAGAUUUUCAAAGUUAGGAAAGUUAUUAGAAUUGAGAAGUAAACCACAACAAGGGCACUGAAGAGAAUUACUGUGGAGGUACAAUACUAUAAAUUGGUUUUUAAAUCAUUGGUUACGACAUCUUUUGAGUCCUCUUAUUCACACUAUGCCUUACUGAAAGCUGUAACUGGGCACAGAGAUGUGUGUGUCUUGUAGAAUAUCCCAUGAACAGAUGCAGCAGAUAUUGACCAUUGAAUCCUCAUGUUGUGAUCUGCUGUCUACAGUCUUGUUUUUUUUAAACUUUAAUGAAGUGUAAAGAAAUCAACCAGUGUAUUUCAGAUUUGCUUAACCGCUUUUAAAGUGAUAAAAACUGUUAUAGGCAAGAAGCACAAUAAGGUUGCAUAUCAGUUGAUUGGUGAUUUUCUUGUGACAUGCAUAUGUUCUACUAUAUCGUCUGUAGAAGUAGUUAUUCUUAAAUGCUAUAAUUAUAUUUUCUUGGAGGGAUGUGAAAUCUAGAAACUUGUAAUCCAUUUAUAGACAGUUUCAAGUGUCAUUUAAAUUUAUUUUCUUUUCCAUUUCCCUUACCAUUAUAUGGUGUUUGCAAUCAGUCUGAGUGGUUCUGUGUUGUGUGGCUCUGUUAUUGAGUUAUUUUUUACUAAAUGUGCCUUUACUUGUCUUUGAACUUGAGCUAGAGAUCCUAAGUGCAGAUACUGAAGAUCCAUUCAAAUUACGUGGUUAUGUUGCCUUUAAACUCUGCCACUACGGUCAGUAUGAGAGUAGAGUAGAUGGGGCUGGCACAGCUGAAUGAUUUGAUUCAGCUGAUUUCCUAUGAUUUGAAUGGAAUAAGGUAGGCUGUUCAGUGCUGGCAUUUAGGAUCUUCAGCACAGAAGCCAGGUUAAGGAAGAUUUAGAGAAACAAUCUUAAUAAUAGUGCAAAAGAACCAUUCACAUUUGAUUGCAAACACCAUAAAAUAGUAAGGAUAAUGUAAAAUAAGAAAAUCAAAAUAAAAUUUUAGGCUACUUUUUUUUUUUAAUUCAUCAGAGUUACACGUGUUAAAGAAAUGGAGCAAAUGAGUUGCACGUUUCUCAGUGGUUUUGAGCUGUUUUGUGGCUUGAUUGCUUGGACUCUUAUCUGAUAGAAAAUAUAUAUUUAACCAAGUCCUGAAACCUAGGACUGGGUGCAGGACUGGUGAGUUUCGAACACCAGAUAGGGUAUAAUAGAUAGAAUGGGUGGUCAACAGAAUUGAAAGGUCCCAGUUUAAAUUGAUUCCUAUAGAAUCAGGUAGUGCAAACACUUGCAGUGUCUCCAAGUAUACCUCUAAUACUAUAGAGAAAAAUAAAUCUAGUACUAGUGCUGUCCUCAAGAAUUGAAACACUGCUGCAGCACAUUUCAAGGCUUCAAUCCAGCUUUUUGUUUUGGAGGUACAGCAUUUGAUCCAAGUUUGUUUCCAGUGACGUAGAUUCUUCCUAAGCAUUACAGGACUGCUGUGAUUUUACUGGCAAGCUAAUGCUUUGUGAAUGUAAUUUUUUUAAAAUGAAAACAGUCUCUGAGCUUUCCUUUCGGCAUAUUAAGAUCUACCACUAACUUGUACACUAAUAAAAUGUACUUCAGUUCAUCCCAUUCAUCGUUCAUAUGAACAGCCUUAAUAGAAUCCUUAUAUUAACUACCACUCCAAUGCUCCUUCAUUUUACCCUGUUAUAUUUUACAAUAAUUCCAGGGUUGUCAAAAGUUAAAAUUCUGUUUUGUGAUUGUUCCACCAUACAAAUGUAAGAAAAUAUCUAUUUAUACCAGAACAACCCUUGGACAGUGUUUUUUUUUUUUUUUUUU